AUCCCGCCUCUCCCGCCCCACGGCGCGGAUCCCGCCCGCUCCCGGCGGCGCAUGCGGGGGGCGGGGGAUGGGCGGACAUGGAGCUGGCGGCUCCGGCGCUCCGGCGGUACUUGCUGCUGCUGGCGCAGGAGCAUCUCGAGUUCCGCCUGCCGGAAAUAACAUCAUUGCUCUCCCUUUGUGGUGGAAAAUUCAGUGGUGAGCAGGAAAUUCGUGUAAAUUCUCCAUUUUGGAUUCUCAAUAUUCCUUCAGAAGAGAUGGCAAGGGGACUAAUGAAACGGACAGUAUGUGCAAAGUCUUUAUUUGAACUGUGGGGUCAUGGAAGAUCUGAGGGGGAGCUCUAUGCCUCUCUGAAGAACUAUCCAGUGGACAAGAUGCUUCCAUAUCUACAGUCAGACUCUACUUACAAAGUACAUAUUCAUACGUUUAAUAAAACACUGACUCAAGCACAGAAAAUAAAAAAGAUCGAUGCCCUUGAGUUUCUGCCAUUCAAAGGAAAAGUAAAUUUAAAGAAUCCAGAACACAUCUUCUGGAUUUUGGAAGAUUAUGGAAUGAACCCAAAUAAUGUUCCAGAAGAGCCCUUUCAUCUGUAUUUUGGUAGAUGGAUUGCAGAUGGCCAAAGAGAACUCAUUGAAUCCUACAGUGUAAAGAAGAGACACUUCAUUGGAAAUACAAGCAUGGAUGCCUGCCUGUCUUUCAUUAUGGCCAACCAUGGGAGAGUAAAACCCAAUGAUAUUGUAUAUGAUCCAUUUGUUGGAACAGGUGGCCUUCUGAUCUCCUCAGCACACUUUGGAGCAUAUGUGUGUGGUACUGAUAUAGAUUACAACACAAUCCACGGAUUAGGCAAGGCAAGCAGAAAGAACCAGAAAUGGAGAGGGCCAGAUGAAAAUAUCAGAGCUAAUCUCCGACAGUAUGGUUUAGAGAAAUACUACCUCGAUGCACUGGUUGCUGAUUCUUCCAGGCCAAUAUGGCGAAAAGGGAUGCUGUUUGAUGCAAUCAUUACAGACCCACCAUAUGGUAUCAGAGAAGCUACUCGCAGAACAGGUUCACAAAAGGAAACAGUUAAGUCAGUUGAAAGAAGCACAGAAAAUCACAUCUUCGUUUCAUCCAAUUAUCAUCUAAGUGACAUCUUUUUUGACCUGUUGAAGUUUGCGGCAGAAUAUCUGGUGAUGGGAGGAAGAUUAGUUUACUGGCUGCCAAUAUACAGGCCUGAAUAUACAGAAGAAAUCAUUCCCCGCCACCCGUGCCUGAAACUUAUUAGCAACUGUGAGCAGAUGCUUUCCAGCCACACAUCAAGGCGCCUGAUUACCAUGGAAAAGGUGAAAGAAUUCAAGAUGUUUGGCCUGGUGGUGCAGCAGAACUACCAAGGGAUUUCUUGGGAUUUGGUUUAUAAAGAUGAAGACCAAAGAGUCUGAGCUCACUGCCUACUUAAGAAACAACUACCCUUUGGCAUUCCUGGCAGCUGUGCAGUCUGUCCCUGUGAAACAUCAUCUUUUUCUGAGACAUCUAAAGCUUCAUCUCCCCAGCAUUGCUUAGAGCUCUGAAAUAUCACUUGAAGUCUAUUACCCAGUAAUUAGUGUAUUGAAUUAGACCUGUAUGUUUCAUAGCUGUAGUGCCUCAAUCAAAAUGUUCCACAGUACUGAAUCAAAUAUCCCAUCAUGGAAAUUAUUUUAACCCUAUUACUGUUAUCAAAAAGACCCAAAGCCUCAUAACCUUAUUUUUAAAAGUAGUUUGAGAUAGGUUCAUGGGAAAAGGCUAUGCAAAUACGAGUUCCUUGGAGAGUACCUUCUUAUCAAAUCCAGUGCUGGUCACUUCAUUUUGCUUAGGACUGAGGGUAGUUUGCCAGGCCUGAAGAUUACUUCAUCACCUUGUUUACCCUUUGGAGUAAGCCCAUCAGAUGGCGCUGUUGCACAUAAUCUUGUAAAUUCUCUCUUAGCCCAUUUGAGCAAAAUUUUAGUCCUGUAAGAAAAGGGUUUUGUUGAGUCUUUUUUCCCCCCAGAUCCUAUUGCAUAUGCCCUCAUUAGGAUCCACGAGAAGCAGUCACUGCUUUUUUUGUUGGACUGUCUGCCACAGAAACUUUUUCACCAGAUAGAGAUUUCUGACCUUGAGAGUCAGGCAUAGGCAUUUGAACAGUGGUCCUCAAAAGGAAAGAAAUUCCUCGAGUAGUGUGUAGGUGUAUUAUAAAACUAGUUGCAUUAAGACAGGACUAGUAUAACACUGAUAACAACGGCAAAGCUGCAAAGCCAUUGUGAAAAAGAAGUCAUUCUCCCUUUCCUCAAUUCUUCCUCUCUUGCCUGCCAUGAAAGUGUAACUGUCAUACAGGUGGGUCCAUCUGUUAUCUCCAGCUUCUGGGGAUGCAGCUUCCCUGGGCCAGGGAGGGGAGUAGAGUCUUCAUAUCAAGACAAACAUGGAAUAUUAGAUGUGAGAAUCAUGGGAAGAAAAACCAAGGUGAGCUCAGGAAAGUCUUAUUCAUUCUACAUGGCUUCAGUAUUUCCCUUGUCUGCCUUAGACCAACUGGCAUCACACAUACCUUCAUUUUGUAUGUGUUCUUCACAUUUGUCACUUAAGGACAGAGGUUUUAGAAGUUGAUUAAAAAGUGCUCUAUUAGCCACUGAGGGGCCCAUGUACAGCUGUAUCUUUGCCUAUGAUGUUCAGGAAUUUUAUUUUGUUAGAAAUCUAGCAGCAAGUUAGUAAACAGUCAAUUUGACCAAAGCAGUCCUACUACCUGUUAGCAACAUCUCCUACUUAAGCUGGCUGUUUUGGUUUCUUCACCUCAGGCCAAAAUCGUAACCAACAAAGAUUCCAAAUGUCCUGCAAAUUGAGUUAUUUUCCUAAUAUAGUAUCACAUUGUUUUGGUUAUAACAGGACAUUCUCUGUGGCAGAUAUUCAGCAUCUGAAGAAGUAUCCCAAUCAUGCUAGGUCCUAAAAUAAAACUGAGGAAAUGAUGUAUCUGUGCGUGUAUGCAUGUGCACUGUGAGUAUAUAGAUCAUCUUUUGCCUGAAUGUUGUGUUUUAAAAUAUCCAUUAUUUAUUAAUCCAAUCUUAAGAUCAGUGGUUUACUUGUCUUUCUUAUUUAUUACCAGAAGAAAUAUUGUGCUAGUCAGAGAAAGAAAUAACCUAUACAGAAAUUAUUUACCCAGUCAUGAGAGGCUCCAACAUUCUUUAAGUGAAGUUCUCAACUAGUUUUGACACUGAAUGACAGAGGAAUUAAAAUUUGCAAAUACUGAGUUAGAUCUUCACCAAGCAGAGUCAGUGUAAUUAUAUGAAUAUAAACGGGGAAAGAACUGCUUUGCAGAAUAUAUGACAUACAUACAAAAGCGGCUUAAUUGAGUGCAGUGGGUCAGAUGGUAAUAUUACCGUGGGUUUAGAUAAAACACAAGUCAGACUCCUCCUAGUUUGAUUUGCUUUAGUCUGACUUUAACCAUCACCUUCACCCAUUUGUUUCAAAUGAAUCAAUUCUGGUUUACACCAGUGUGGCAGGAGGAACAGGUCUCUUGCUGUGGCCAGACACUUCAGCAGUGAACUCAGUGAUGGAUCACAGAGCUAUUCUUAAGCAAGAAAACAUUUAUAAACCAUUUGUGGCCCAUUUGUUUUGUCUGUAGUCUUGAAUUUAAAUUAAUUCCAUGCUUAUUUGUGAAAGACUCACCGACCAGGAAGAGAAGUUUGAACUUUAAAAUAAUCCCAUAGCAACCAAGUUCUGCAUGGGAAUAGCUUCAGGAAAAUUACUUGCUGUAGCUAAUUCUCUUUUCUUCACCCCUGAGCUUAAUAAAGAUCUUUCCAUGUUGCAACUUUCACAGGCCAAGAUGGAUGCUCUUUUUUCAUGAUGCCUUCCUCAGAAUAGAAUCAGGCUCUGAAAAGUCCCCUUAGAAACGAGAACAUGUCCUGUGACAUGUUUCAUGGGGAAGGAGGAAUGCCAGGGUGACUGAUGGAGGUUUUGUAUGCUAAUGUAACAGUACAGGCUUUCUGCAAAAGGGGAUAGAGGAAAGAGUUUUCUUCUUCCGUAUGUAUUCUGUCAGGAAAUGUUAUAGUCUCACAGUAAAUCUGUAUCGCCCUCUUCCCACUACCCUCCUCGAAUCCCCAAAUCUCAAGGCAGUGAAUGCAACAAAUGACUCAUUACACAUGAGUUAAUGUUUCAGCAGCCUCACAAAUGAGUCCCGCAAGGACACGAGCACUGCAUGGGGCAGGCACAAGGCAGGGGUUCAGCCCUUAGGGUUCAGCCAAGCCCAUGGUAUCCUGGUCCCAGUACCAAUCACUUUAAACUGACUGUGACCUGAAGAUACGAGGUGCUCAUUAGAGGCCUUAGUAGCCUAAUAUCAUCAGUAGAUUGAACCAAGCUGCUCUAGUCUUUGCCAGCACAACCAUUAAUAAAAGGGACCAUGCCAAUAAAAGUUUCCAAAAUGAACCCAUAGAAUGAGGCACUUAUAGACUAUUAUAAACAAUUUGCCCUUUGGAGGUUGUCUGUUAUCAGGCCCAGUCAAAGCCUUGAUAAGUUUUGCCUCUUUAGGAAUCAUUAAUUUCCUUGGAAAUUUAAACAGCUGUCACUUGUGAUAUUCUUCAGGUGUACAUGUGGGAAAGAUUAGCUAGUGUUUAUAAUCCAGUCUGUUCAUUAAGUGCCUGCCCAUGUGGAACCUCCUUCACAAGCGGAGAGUCCAGCCUGCAAAGCUCCCACAGAUAAUUGGAGGCAGCCAUGAAUUAUGCGAAUGAGCUGUCGACAACAGGGAUUGUGAGGCCUUACUGGUAUCAGCUGGUCUCAGGACAAGGUUUAGUGAUUCCUUGCAAACAAGAUCUGGCCUCUCUGUGCUUAGUCUCCAUCAAUGAGAGCUGGGUUGAUGGCCUGUGCUUCCUGCUUGGGCUGCUCUGCUUCUGGCUUGCUCCUGCUGAGAUGGUAUCUUUCCAUAACACAGUGAAAUGUAUCCUCCUGGAAUCAGGGCCAUAUGAGGUAACUGUCAGUGCCUCGAGGGCGCUGAUAGGCCUUACUGGCCUCACUUGGGGGGCUCACUGGCAUUUCCUCUGCCCAGGGGCCCUCUGUAAAGUCACAAAUGAGCACUCAGUCCUGUCCUGAGCUAUGUUGUAGGUGUGACUAUCUCCAGCCCUGUCUCCACCAUGGACCUUGGACCUACUCUGUAUCUACCUUGAGUCCUGAACAGAUCCCUCAGUCAUAUGUUGCAGCUUAUCUCCACGUCUGUCUUCAGCUCCAUCUCCUUUUGCUCCUGACUGGAGCCCGUGGGUGAACACUGACCCUGGUUCCUCCCUUAUGCUGCUCUGUGGCCCCUGCUACAGACCCUAUGGGAUCAUGCCUUGUUGGUUGAGGGUAUGGUCUGUGCUGGGGUCACCCUUGGCUGUUGACUUCUCCUCCUCUAUGGGACAAUCCUGUUCUUGCUGCUCUCUGACUGUAACCCCAUGAUAGGCACAAGCUCAGGGCCUUGUGUGUGCUGCUUCAUUGGGAGCACACUUUCUUCCUUGGGAGGCAUGGGACAAGUGUCCCUUGGGUCACCCUCUAGUACUGCAGAUGCUUCUGAAGCUGCUGGUUUGAUGGCCGUGGUUGCAGUCAAGGGGAGGGGUGUCAUUGGGUACCAAUGUUUUCUAAAACAGUGCCAUAGCUCAAGGAGUCAGGGACUUCCAAAAGCAUGUCAUUAAGAGCACAACUGCUUUUAAACACCUACUUAUUUCCAUUCUUGGUCAUUGUGUAAUUCCACUUGGGCAGCAAGAUCAGACAUCAUCACAAUAGUUGGCAUAUGACCAUUUAGCAUGAGAUAAGUGUUUCAGAUGGCACACAGUUUUGCUAAACUUAGGGAGAAGCUGACAAAAUACAGCCUCUCCCACUGAAGCUACUGAGAGUGGAAGCUGCUAAACUCCUUGCAGAGGACACAAGUAAUUUUCUCAAUUUACUACUUCUUUAUUCUAAAAAGAUAAUGUUCAUUUUUUAAUUCCCCAACCCUUACCCUUUCUUGAAGUUUCUAACAGUUUGAAUACAAUUCUCUUCAUUUCCCUUUUCUUUCACUGCUUAUCUUUAAACCAUUGCCUUCAUAAUGAAAGAAGAGAGAGUGUAUCCCAUUUCAGGGUCCACCCAAGCCUGGUUUAGGCAGACUGCAAGAACUGCUGGGCCUUCAGCCAAGGUCUCUCGUCUAGGCCAGGGUGGAAGGUUUAGGUUUUGAGUGAGAGUUUUUGAAGGGAUGGGUGGAGGUGCAUGUCAAUACUUCUAAAAGUCAUGCUCUGGCUUUGAAGUACUUUUCUGGAGAUAAACAGAUCCUGCAUGUACCACACACCGACUCUGGAAUUUGUGCUACUGCCUGACCUCUUUGACUAAGGAAGAUUUAUCUUUGAUUUUCAGAUGGACUCUAUUCUUACAGCAGAAGUCUGCUCUGACUCAUCACAUAGACCAGCAGCAUAAGUCAGUGUGCCAAGUAUCAGACUGGCUCAAAAAUACUCAGUUGGAUGGAACUAUUUUAUUAUUUUCUGUGAUGUUAAUUCAUUGAGGUGAACAGGUUUGCCACUGGAACGUGAAACAGUGGACUCUGGGGUCUAUCUUUGAAGAGCAGCCUAGGUUAACUAUGUCAUUACACUUACUGAUUAAUUUCAAAUAAUGCUUAGAUAUUUAUGUUUUAGAGCAAGGACAGGAUGAGUGAAUGAGGACAAAUGAGUGAAUAAGGCAGACCGCAUAUUGACUGCAUUAAGAGGAACAUGGAUAGUUAAUCAAAGAAGUUAUAAUUACCCUUUACUUGGUGCUUAGGAAGCCCUGUCUGGGAUACAGCAUCUAGUCUUGGCCCCAGUUCAAGGAGGAGAGAGACUAGAGAGGCUACAAACUGGUUGGGACCCCCAAGAACAUAUCACUUCCCAGGAGAGGCUGAAGGAGCUGGGCUUGUUUCUUCCUGGCAAAGAAAAGCCUAAAGGGUGAUUACUAGCAGUAGAAACAGUUACAGCGAUGACAAAGUCAAAAUUCUAUCUUUUGUGGCAAAGUAUAUAAGAAGGGUCAAUGGGCAUACAGUGUGGCUUGGGAGGACAUUAGGAAAACACUUUUUGACUAGAAGGGUAGGGGAACAAGGUAGUGCGUUAUGAGAGCCAGAUGCUUCCUGUUAGUGCCCAAAGAAAGGGCAAGAGACAAUGGGUGAAAACUGAAGUUCGGGAAAUUCCAUUUAAACAGAGAAAAAAACUUUUUAUGAUAAGGAUGAUCAAACAUUUGAACAGGUUGCCCAGAGAGGCUGUGGAAAUAUCCAUCCAUGGAUAUUUCAAAAUCAGACUAGGGAAGGUUCUGGACACCUCUUCUUUGAGCUGGGAGAGUAGACUAGAUGAUUGCAAGAAGUUACUUCAAACUUCAGCUAUCCUCUGAACACCUCAGAUUCAUUUGUUGUUGCUAUAUUGGUCAGAAUUUGGAACCUUGGCUUUUUUUUUCCCCUGGGUAUACCACAGAUACAGUCAGUUUUUGAUCAUCCAAAACAAAUUUUCAGGUUCUGCAUUAACUAUGAAACUUGUACAGAGACAUUAAAGCUAGCUCAGUUUGAGUCAGAACAGUCUCCUGAGUUUGUAUGGUGCCAUACAUCACUAACUUGUGUUGGCACUACUUGAAUGACUUUUCUUGAAUAUACUCUCAAAGUACAUUUUGGAUCAGCUUUAUUUUGACACUAUCUGGCUAGUAUUAAAUCUGUAAUAACCUCAAGAAAUUAAAAUACACCUUUGUUUAAAUCUCCCUACUGAUACUGAAACAGUGCAAGUUUGGAGUUUGCUUAAAAAUUAGGUUCUCUUGGUGUCACACCUGAUUUUCUCUCCCUAUAUAUAUCAGAUUAUGUUCAAUUUUUAAGAAUACAAUUAAUGAAGGAAGUCACUUCUCAUAUGAGGAUAUAAAAUGUAAUCUACAUGUGUCAUCAUUCUGGAACUCUUACCCAAUUUUUCUACCACGGGUACCAGUACCAUCACAGGUGUACCACAAGUUGCUUCUGCUGAAUUUUCCUGUAGUUUCUUAAACUAGUCUUCAGUAAUUCAUUUUUUGGUAGUUUAUUUCAAUUUUAAGGUGCCCAGUUCCCUUUAAAAUGUACUACUUUAACAUCUCAGUAUGUUAAAGUAGAAUUUCUGAAGCUGCAGACUUGAGAAAUUGUUUCUGGUGGGAAGACUUUCUGAGUCUGAAGCUAUAUAGCUAUACUGCUUGUCUAAUACAAACCACAAAUCUAUAGCAUAUACAGUGAUGUCAAUACAUUGAUAUUUCACUACUUAUUGGAAUGUCCCUUAUUAAAAAAAGUAAAAUUUGAAAUGAUUGUGCAGAGUAGCUAGGAGGUAGUGUGUGGAUGGCCACUGCAUUUGCACAGAGCAAUUUUUGUCAGUUAUGAACACCUAGGAGGCUGAGCUCUACCACUCUUUUUGACUGUGUGCAAGCACGUGGCCAACUUUCCCUCUGCCACUAAAACCAGUAUCUUUCAGGAAAAGUACCUUAUAUCAGUUUACUUUAAAAAAAAACCAGUUGCCUCAUACGACUACUCACUUCACCUUUGACAGAAAGCUUAUCUGAAAGCCUGUUUACUUUAACAAGAGUAAACAAUUUAUAAGAACAAAUUGGGCGAAAGAGGACCUGACCGCUUCUUUUCAUACACUGAUUAUAUCAGUCCAUCCUCACUUAGUGGUGCUGCAGUUACUGAUUGUCUUUGCUGCUCUGGGAAAUCUCCACCCUAGUUGGAACUCAGAGCUACAUAAGCCUCUCCUUUUGGUCCUUAUUGAAGACAAGUAACUAAGUUGUGAAUUAAAGGAGAGGAAAGACAGGAAAUACACUACCUGACCACUUUUUUUUUUUUUUUUUUUAUAGUGAUUACUAAGUAGCUCAAAAAGGCACUACAUACUGAAGGGUUAAGUCAACCCUAAUAUCAUUUCAGUGACUCGGCUGCAUUACACUGAUAGUUAGAUGGUGAAAAAUGGUUGUUUCAAAGCCUGAAACACUGGAGGAAUGUAAUAGUACAGUCACAGCCUGCUACAUCCACAGGUUCAGUCCUCAUAGACCCUGGGUCUCCUUCCCUUCUUAUCACUGGAGGGGCAGUUCUGCAUAAUGCAGAACUAUCAUGGGGUGUGAGGAAUUGCAUCUGCAGAAAUGAGUCUCUGGAAACUGGUCAACCAACAGAGAUGAGGCUCCGUGUUCUACCAACAAUGUGACUUGUUGGAGGAGAUGUAACUUUUUCUAGUCCUUUUAACAGAAAGCUCACACGGGAGAGGGAAACUGACCCAUUUUGCCCCUUUCUGGUAAAAAUUAUGCCCAUGUCUUCUACCUCACCUGUAGGGUCAGACUCCUACAGGGUACAUUAAUCUUGUGUUCUUUUAUGUCCUUUGUCAGGGCAUCUAGAGGAAAGGCUGCUGCACCAUUGGCCAUGUUUUUGUGAGGAGCUGGCCAUGCUGUGCUACAUGCUGACCUUACUGCUCUUACAUGAGUCGGAAGCAGGCUGUAAUGGACUGCAGCUGUAGAGAGACAACCUUAUUUCUGGAUCAUGGUACAGCAUAAGCGAGAACGUGCGUCACAUCUGAAGUCCUGCUGUGGCUGUGCAGGCACUUAGGGAGCUUUAAGACACUGAAAAGGCAUAAUAGAGGUGCCGACUAAAUUUUAGAUGCCUUCAUGAUAACGUACGGCCGGAUAAUAGCAUUCUUCAUCACUUUUCUUGGACCUAAGGUUUGUCUACAUUGCAUUCAACCUGGGUGCUCUCAAUCCUUCUCAACAAAUUGGAGCAAAUUUUUUUGUAUAGCUGAGUUAUAUUUUUAUACAUUCAGUAUAAGAAUUUUAAUGAAGUUUUGGAAUUCUGUUUCUAGGAUGAAGUUUGAAAUAUUGAUGUAUUUUCUUUUCAGUUCCUCCCUUUCCUUGGCAAUCCCCUGCUAGCACUAGAUUAAAGUAUUUGCCUUUCUGAAUUGUAGCCUAAAUGGUUACAGCUGUUGAAUCAUCCCAGGCUAAUCAGGAUGAAUUAUGGUAUCUGAUAUUUGAACAGGCCUAGCUCUCUCUUCACUUGGCUUUGUAAAUCACUUUGCCUAUGUCUACACAACCUUUGACAUGAAACCAUUCUCAUGGCAUGCUCCCUGACACAGCUGACUCCCAGGAGGCUAACAAGCAGCCUCUCUGGGCAAACCAGGUGGAAAGCCAAGGCUGAUCAGGAUGCCACCUGUUGGGGCUCAAGAUCACCUGAGGCCAGUCUCUCAGAAUGGCUGCCUCUCCAUGGGAACUGUGAAGCUGGUGCCAUGGUUGCCCAUUGGGUGGUUCUUCAGGCUGUCUGGGGGGCAGUAUUGUCCAGUGACAGCAACACAUCACCCGAGAGUCUAGAACACCUGAAACAUCCAUAUACAACCUUGUAUAGAUGUUGGGCUUUGAACUCUGAGAUGCUAGAACUGCACUGCUACAUUUUUCUUUUUAUUUAUAAGCUACAGUAAUAUUGCCAGUGGUAUUCACACCAAAGAGUGACUCUUGACCAAAUGAGGCAGAUUGGCCUGUUUCUGCACUGCUUAAGUCUCCGCCAUUUGGAAGGAUAGGUCUUAUCCUUGCUGUACAUCAGUGAUGCACACUGUGCUACAAAUGCCACCUCUUCCUCCCCUUGCUCACAGGCACCACUGCUUGUGCUAAGGAGUACCACAGUUUUUCCUCAUCUCAGAAAGUGUGAGCCCUGCCUCAUGUGAGAUGUGGAGAGAGAAAUGUGCCAGCAGAACCUGAACUGGGAUCAAUGUCCAUAUACCCCAAUAUGGACUGGCCCCAACUGGUGCUUAUAUUUUUUAUCCGAAAGAGCUGUUGGUACAUACUAAAGCAGAGAAUGAAUGCAGACUAUGCUAUAUUCAGGGAGAAUGUGGAGCUGGCAUAGGGAUGUGAAUUAACAUUGCACAAAUUGGUUCAUAAGGUCCCUAACUGGCAAUGAGAGAGGUGCUCUGGCAUAUAUGUACAUUGAGUUCACAACUGCGGUUCUGGGUCCUUCAGUCCUUGAGGUUGUGGCUGCAUUUCUCCCCUCAGCUUCUCAUUUACAAUCUCCACACCUGAGGACCCACAAAGUCCCAAGACUUUAUUGUCAAACUCCUCCUGGCUCUGUCUAUGCUGGCUAUUCACAGAUAUAGGGAAAGGAAACUCGAUGGGAUCUGGUGUUCCCUCUUUGUGUCCCUUCCAUUUGGGAAGAACACUACUGAGCAAUUCUGUCUUUGAGUGCUCUGAGCUGAAUGCCUUGAAGGAGUGGUGAUGCUGUUGGCAUGUCUCUGCCCCACCCACAUGUUCUACUUUUUUCUACUUUUGACUCUUUGACUCUCUUCCUUUUUGAUGUCUGAAUUUUUAAUUUCAUAAUCCUUUGCUCUGGCUAGGUAGCUGGUAUUAGACAUGAACUGAAGCAUGUUUGUAAGGGGAAAUCUAGUGAGAACAAUAAUCAUAACAGAUAACUAAUGAAAAACAAGAACAGAGCAAGCAAAUGAGUAUGCUCUGGAGACUCCCAGUUUUAUACUAUUGCCAUCUGAGAGAUUUCCUGAAUCAGGUGUAGUUUCCACGUAUUUAGUAACCUGUAAUGGAUUUUUCAUCCAUUAACUGAUGUAGUGUCCCCUCAAACCCAUCUCUGUACAACAUCCAGUACUGCCCAUAUUGAAAGAAGACCCAUAGUGUCACAUUUGUUUGGGCCGGAAUAUGCAGUCUUCAAUUUAUGCCUUCCUGGUUUUGCACUGGAAAAAACAGUGAGCAGCUGAUCCCUAUUUAUCUCUGUGCCUCUUAUGAUUCUGUAAACUCCUCAUAUUUCUCUUUAGUUGUCUGUUUUCCAGAAUAAAGAUGACUGGCCUACGCAGUCAUUCCCAGUACCUUUAUAUGAUCUUUAAACGAGUCACUAUUUAAAAAUAUAAGGGCUGUUGCUUAUAAGCAAUUUAUACUUUCCCUAGAUAAUUAAUCUUUUAUGGAUGUAGAACCACCAUUGUUAAAUGUUAUCUCCUUUUGCUGAUUCUAUUUACACAAGAAAAUAUCCCUAGCACCAUCACUCGGGUAAUAAGAAUCUUUUACCCCUCUAUCACAAAGACAUUCCUAUUUCUAUAAACUUACAGGCUUCUGGUAAUGCAGUACAAUAAUUUUACAGUUUAACAGACUUUUCAGUUUCAUUGAAGCAACAAACCAGAAAAAACCCCCAUGUCUGAGACCUUUUGGAAGGUACAACUUGAGCUACAGCAAGCCUAAGUCAAGUGCCUGCAAAUACUUGCUUAUGUUGUUUUUCCUGCAACAACUGCAAUAACCAUAUAAUGUGUAUGUGAACCUUCAAUGAGGCUUGUCCUGAAGGUUUCAGAAAUGGUGGUUCAACUGCUGCUGCCCAUAAAUAACAUUGCCCCUCAUGAUUCAAAUUUAUUGGCCUCGAGCCUUCUGCUCUGAUUUUUGCUCAUUUGUAAAUGUAAAGCCCAUGCUGCCAAAGAUGAUCUAUUACGACGCUCUAACCACAAUAGGCUUCUUAACUACAAUAGGCUAAAGGAUCCAUUUUGUAUGAUCAGACUUUUUUGUAAAUGGCAGUUCUUUUUACUGGCACAUGAAACUCUAUUGCUUGUGUCUCCUUAACUAUAUGAUGUGUAAAUCCUCUUGCUGAUGCCAGCAUCCUAAGAACCAGGUAUGUGAAACAGCUUUCGCAAAUAAUACUUCUUGCCCUUUGACCCUUUAAAAACCAAAACAACCAAACAAAAAAAUCCUCCUGCACCUAAGAUGUGAUCUGUUUAACUCAAGAGGAGGAUUCCAGGACUUGGGUGAAUUUUAACCAUCCUUUUUGACAUAAGCUGUGCAAAGCAAUGAAAUUCUGAUCGCCGUGUGGUGAAACGACUGGAUAGUGUUACAGUUCCCUCAUUAAGAGGUACUGGAGUUAAGCAGGGGGAGUUGAACUUUCCUCUGUAUUAAAACAACAAGUGUGGGAGACGAGCAGAGCAAGCUGGAGAACAGGAGUUCACCUUAUAACAACAAAGACUUAACAUGCAGUACAUCAAGUCUCCUGAACUUUGUCCCGCUUGGUAGUUUAUCAGACAACCAAGAUGAACAAAAUAGCAAAGAGUGAUUUAAAUCCUUCCUGAUUUCAAUCUUCUGGCCUAAUUUUCAACUUCAUUAUUUUUCUGUUCUAUCAUAUUAUUGCCCUGUGUUCCCCCUCCUCAAGAGAUGUUCACAGUUUAUACUAAUCUUGGAGUUCAAAAUAUAUACAGAUCCCAUUAGUGAAAUAAAAUACAGUGAAGAUGGGUGAGACGUAAGGCAGAAGUUUUUCUAAGCUAGUUAUGAUUUUCCCUUUUUCAGCAUUGUAUCCAAUUUACUCUAAAAAAAACAUGGCUCAAAGACUCUCCACUAAUUUCUUGUCAAUAUUAACAGUACCUAACUACUGUUAAAAUCCAUGAGAAUAUAUCCAUGGUUUUUUUUAAACAGUAAAGGUUUUUUACACCACCAAGAUGCAAAUAAACCCUAAAAUAUGAACUGACACUCUGAAUCAAACUUUACAGAAAGCCUGAUUGAAAAUCAGAAGACUGACAUUUCAGUUCACAAAGUUAAAAUUAGGCUUUUAAUGGGGGGUAUUGGUUCCAGAAAAAGACACCACAACAAGUCAUAAAAUCAACAUUCAGUCUUGCUGAAUCACUUAGAAGCAAUCAGAAAAAUAGUUUGCCCUGCAAAAAACAAAUUAUUGAAGUCUUGAUAUUGAGGCAAAACCAAGACACUGAGAAACGCUUCUGUUGAUUACAGUUGAAUGAAAGCAAGUCAAGGAAGAUAAUUAUGCAAUAAGUGAGCAAUGGAACUGGUAAAACUUGGUUUCACAAUGAAUUUUGCCCUGGGUUCUGUCCUACUCUCCUUGGGAAUUGCAGCUCCCUCUCAUACCUCCUAGUUUUAAUUUCCCAUAUGCUCAGGCUCCAUUAUAGCCAUGCAUGCAUUGACUGGCUCCUCUAUAUGCACAGAUUGAUUAGGUUGAGCUAUAACAGGCUUUUAGACAGAAACAGCACUAAUUCAAGGUUUUCGAAGUGCUUUUGCCAGGAUGAUAAAGCAUAGAGUGGAAUACUGUGGAUAAUGCAGAGACAAUGUACACAAUUGUAGAGAAGGGAAGGGAACCUGGUUCACCUGCAGUCAGUAUGAGUUUCAAACACUGUCAAAGCUUGUACAAGGCACCAGUUUUCCCAGCCAGACUAUGGCUUGCUAAUGGGGCCUUCAGCAGCCAGCAGCUGCAAGGGUCAUCAUCUCUUUUGCCACAGGAUCUUGAACAACACAUACCUUCAUACCUUUGAGUCUAAAACGUGCCAUGGAGAUAGAAUUCAGUAACAGAGGGUUGAAGAGCAGACUAGAGCACAAUCUUAACCACAUCUUCUCUUCCAAGAAAUCAGAAAAAUUUUGCUCAGUGAUACUCCCUCAAUGCUUUGAAUCAUUGCGUUUCCUAAAGAACUUACUCACUUGUGGGUUAGAUAGGCUAAUGUCUGGGCUAAUAGCCAGAGUUUCAGGAGGAAAAAAGCAGUCUUGCACUUUAUUUUUUCUUCCUAAAUUAUCUGGUUUUUGAUUUAUCUUGGUAAGUGUUUCAUUGUGGCAAAUGUAUGGCUCUCCAAUUACUUAGCCCCGGUGUGCAGUGCUAUUUAAGAACUUAAGUUAGUUAGAGCAAGACCUCUUGCUUCUCUAUGGCCUAAUUCAAUAGGGCUUAAGACUAGCUUCAACUACUGGAUACUGCAGUAGCAUAAAUAUUUAAAUAAAAUGUUACUCUAUUAUGCUGUAUGUUUGAAGUUUGGCCCAUGUAACUCCUUUCAGCAGUCUGCACAGUCUGUGCUGAGGAGGAAAAUGAAUAUGUUUCUCCAACAUAACAAGAAUAUAUUCUCCAUUGCCUUGGGUAACAUUACCUGAUAAAUUCACUGCAAGCACUUCCAAAUACAAAUGUAUUGUGUGACUGGAGUUGUCUGUGGUGUUACCAGGAAAAACAGAGAAAUUUUUAGCCUGGAUGCUUGACCUAGUAAAUACUUACGACCUAAUAUAAGCCCCAAUUCAACAAGGUACUUAAGCACAUACCUAAAUACCCACAUGAAUAAAGCCAGCCACACUUUUAAGUGUCUUGUUGAAUCUGGGCCAUACAGAAGCUGAACACAUCAAGCAACUACCCACAUCAAGUUCCCAUAAAAGAAAAUUGAUUUCCAGAGUGUAUUCCCUCUGGCUGUUAACACUGAAGAAGAGUGAGUGAUAAAAUUUCUGCUGCUUCUCUUGCUUGGAUAGAGACUGUGCAUGUACUUCCUUUCAUUGAAAUAUUUUCUCUCUGGUAUCAAAAGUGAUUUGCGAAUUUUGGGAACUAGAUCAUAUAAUGUGAAACAAAGACCUAUUUGGUAUUAUUUAGUCCCUGAACUUUUCAUAAUAUCAGAAACAUUUAAAUAUGAAGAUCCUAAUGAAUACAAUAAAUAAUGAAAUAGAUGAAAAUUAGUUACAGGAAAGCCUGUUGGAUUGGGUUGAAGUUCGUGGCAUGUCUGUUCUUUAAGUGGUUUUGCAGUCAGUGGACUAGUCCUGCUUUUUAUGUGUGGAGUCUAUAGCUUCAACACCGAGGAAACACUGCUCUGAAAUAUAAUGGUGAGUUAGCUAGUGACUGGUCAGUAUUUUGAUGUGUGUGUUGUUGUCAUUUUGAAAAAUAUCAUUGCAGUACAGUUGCCUAAGUUAUCACUUACAAAUGCUUCAUGGAUGCAAUACAGAAGACUCUAUCUGUGGAUCAACAAUUCAGAGAUAAGUUCUCUCAAAGUACAUUGAGCAGUAUCUUGGGAUUUAUACUAGCACUGUUGUUCUGCGGUAUGAACAUAGCAAAAUCACCGCCUUUACUGAAAUUAUUAUUUACACUGUAUUAUAAAAUAGUCUGGCUAUGUGAAAUUGUUAAUUCUGAAUGCCCUCCAGCUAGAAUCUAUGAUCAAGUGUUAUUGCACUGCAUAUGAUCAGAAGGAUCAUAACUUUACUGCUGUUAGACACCGAUAUAAAAAAUAUUUUGGAUUUUGACUACUAGCCAUGAAAGAGUCUGAAUGAAUCCUCAGAACAUUAAGUUUUCUGGAGAUCAGUGCUGAAAGAAAACAUCAGGCUUUUAAAAUUACAUUUUUUUCCUGUCUCACUUUGGUCUGAUCUGCAUUUAUCUGCCCAUCUUUAAAAGUGUCUGUCUCCAAUUAAACCUACUACUAGAUCUCUAAGGUCCCUUCCGACCCAAACCAUUCUAUGGUUCUGUGAUUCUAUGAUCAGAUGAUAGAGCUAUUCUAACUUGCUCUAAAGAGCUCAGGGCAAUCUUGCUAUACAGCAGUGUAGACAAAUUCAUGGUUACCAGGAGUGCAACAGCACUACCAUUGCUGUUUUAUUUGCAUCAUGAUAGUGCCAGUGUACUGGGGAACCACAGUACUCUGUUCUAGCCAAAUACAGUAAGAUGUCAGUUCCUUCUCAAAAAGGUUUAAUCAUCCAGUUAAGGUAAUGAUUUAAUCAGUGUGUUGAAAGCAGUGAUGACAGUAAAAGAAAAAUAGGCUUGUAUGGUUUCUUAUGGUAUGCAAUUUUCUACAUAUAACCUAGAAAUAAGAAGCUAAUAGAUAUUAAAGACUCUUUGGAUGAGAUGAUAGCUUGGUACCUUUAGUGUUUUGAUAAAAAAGUGACCUUGUGGAUUAUAUAUAGCUGUAAUGACUGACUGAGAGGGUGAAAUGAUUUAGACUUUAAAAAUUGCAAGAAACACUCUUUUUCCACACUCCCUCAGUGGGAGUUUUGUUGCUUAGAUCUCCAUGGUUAUCUCCAGAGCAGCCGAAGCUACAUAUAUACCUUCAAACUCACAUCUUUGAACUAAACCACUGUCAAGCCCCUCUUUUAUCAAAAAUUGCAGUAUAGCAAUUCUUUAUGUAGAACAUAAUUGAUCUUUUCAGACACCUAUGGAACCAGAAGUAUUUCCUCACUGGCAGCCAAGAUGGAACUCAUUCCUUACUUUCUUGGUCUCAAAUCAAAGCUUAAGGGCUUCACCUUGUAUCUCUUUGUGGUCUAGGGAAAUCAUUCUUCUGAGGGACCUUGUUUCUGUGUUGAGCACUGGUAGCUAUCAUUGACUUUGAGAAACAGCACCGUGGAAAACUGGACUGCUGUGAGGCUGAGCAAGAACUUUGAUCUCAGCUUGUCAAAUAGUGUUCAUCUUUCUUUUUAUGGAAUCUGAGCACGUUACUUAGUUUCCCAUUUUACAGUUAUGAAAUGUUUUCUUAAGACCAUUAUUAGAAUCUUCCUCCGAGUUGUGAAUUAAAAGGUAAUGCAAAGGUAAGGUAACAUCCAUUUCACAAUUCCCAAUGAACAGGAAGAUUUCUGGACAUGAAAGGAACUGGCCUCACAUUUUUUGGCUGAGGACUCCUGAAACCAGAUGGUAUAGAUUUUGUACCUAAGCUUAUUCAGCAUUUACUGCUGGCUGCUGUAUUAGUCCUGGCAGCUGCUUGGAAACCUCCUAUCCCCCUGAAAAUUAACACCUGGUUUCAGAAAUACUGAAGUACAAGUGAUGGAAAAACUAUCUAGCUUCAUAAAAGGAAAAUUCAUGCAUUAUUAAAUAAAAAUUUGUUAGCCCAGAAGUAACUCUGCUUCUAGAAUAAGCAAAAGGCAAAUCUGCUGAAAAAGAUAACUUUGUCUCAUGGAAAAAAAGUCUAAAAAAUAAACAACUCUGAAGUGUCUUUAAACACAUUCAGCUAAAUAAAUAUUACUAUGCAUGCUUUAAAUGUUUGGAAAUUAAACAUUAACUUAAACAGUGUUUUCAGACUUGGGCAUCUAUCUCCACAGACCUAAAGUAAUACUUUGAAAUUUUCAGUCCUGAUAACCUAUUUGUUAUUAAGUAUGCCUGCAUGUGUUCAGAUUUUAGGGCAAUGGUUUGGUCUUAAUAUCUUAGAGUCAGUUACCUUGUCCACAUGAUCCAAGUGAGGAUCAUGAUUUCUGUUAUUAGCUUUACUGUAGUUCUGUGAUGCCUAGAUACUUGUUUGUAAAGGUCUGAUAAGUGCUAAAGCCAUCAAUGUGUAUGUACAGUGGGAAAAAAGGACUAGAUUUUACGAAAGGAUUGAAGCACAUUCCAUUUUGCUUAUUUCAGAAGGAAUUAAGAACCAUUCUGCCUUUCUAAUACUUUUUAAAAUGAACUUAGAUCAGAAUUAAUCCCCCUCAAUUUUAGAAAACAAGUAGAUUUUAUGCAUGUGAAUGUCUAAGGUCUCUUUUUGAAAUUCCAUUUCCCUAAAAUCUGUAUUUACUCCCAUGCCUGCUCAGUGCUUCACACCCCUCAAGGCAGCCCUGACAAAUGGUCAAGUGCAAUGAAUGCCAAAGCUCAUGGAGGUUGUGCCUUAGAAAUGCAAAGAUUUAGAGGCUCCUGCCUGUGGGCUGUUGUCCCUAUUAUCCAGAAUUUUUGUCAGCUCAACUUGCAGUUAUGUGGAAUUAGGGGCAAGGUAAGAUGUUAUUGGUGCCUUAAGAGUGCCUCCUUUUGUCCCCCUUUCCUCUUUUUGCUUCCUUCCCAUGAUUCACAGAAUCAAAGAAUCAGAGAAUCAGAGAAUCAUAAAAUGGUUUGGGUUUGCAAGGGACAUUAAAGAUCACCUAGUUCCAACACCCCUGCCAUGGGCAGAGAAACCUUCACUUGCCCGGGCUGCUCCAAGCCCCAUUCAACCUGGCCUGUUGCACCUCAGACUGUCUCUAGAUAGAGAUUUUGAUAGUGCAGUAUGAACUCCUGACAUCUCUUUAGGCAGGCUAACAGAGGAUUGUUACACUGUUUGGGUCUCCAGAGUGCUUUUUCUGAGUAUGACCCAUGUGUCAGGCAGUGACUUAAAUUUAUAGAUCUCUACAUAACCUGAGUUUGAACCAAUCACUUACUUUUAACUGCUAAUGUAUGUCAUACAGUUAAGACUUCAGAAAACGUAAACAGAAACAUUAAAUUUACAUUGGAUUUAGUUUCCAAAACUUUAUUUGGUCAAAAUCAUGUUUGCACCCUACCAAUAAAGCUUUUAGAUAACCCAGUAGGAAAAACACAUGCUUUUCCUUAACAAUUGCAAUUGCUCUUCCAGCUGUGCAACACAUCCACACACUGAUACAGGGACUAGUGUUUGGCUCUGCAUCUGUUCACAGGAGAAGAAAUACACAUUCCUGUGUUACACUGUUUUACCAAAAUGUAGUUGAGCUGCCUAUGAAAGCAACAGAGGUGGUGGUGAGUGGUACAGUAUUGUAUCAUGUAUUUGCAAGAAUGCCUUUCUGGCAUUCUUGUCCUUGUGCUCCACUAUGAACUAUGUUUUCUAUUUUGGGUUUGACAUGUGAAUAAAUGCUAGUGCUCAGUCCAUGUUUGCCUUGCCAAACAUUUACUGAUCUCUGGAGUAAGUGGACAGCUACUCAUGCAGCUAUUGAGGAUUCUUUUUUUAGCAUUUUUGUUGUGCUUCUGCUGGCAGUCAAUGGGAGAAGACAUCCUGUAAAAGGCAAGAUGUAUUUAUUUAACACAUUACAUUGUGAAGAUAUUCCUUUACAAAGAUAAUAGAUGCUGAGGUUGCAACUAAUCCUACAAAAUUCAGAAAAUAUCCUGAUUCUUUUGUAAAUUGUAGAUAUUUUUAAAGUUGAGUAAAAGAAAGAUCGGUGGCACUUAAAACACGAACUUUAUUAAUGAGAAAUGCAAGACACGAAUAUGUACUUAGCUUAUACCUCACUAACUUUUGAUAAUGUUGUUUUAUAGAACUGUAUCACCUCAAAAAGCCCAAGUCAACAAAUUAGAUGUCAUGGGCAUUUUAUCUCUUAAGUUAUAUUGGUAGUUUUCAUUGUUUGCCUCUACAAGGAAAAGUCAAGUAUAUGAAAAAAACUACUGCAAAUUAUUAAAAACUACCUAAUAAAAUCUAUUCAUGUAUUUCCUAAUGGGAUGAAGAAUUAACUAGGGAGUGGAAAAGUUAGCCAUCGGCGAAGUAUCCUAGGUAUCCUCAGUAUCUUUUGCAGAGGUACAGAGUGAGAACUUAACCAAUAAUUUUCAGACGCUUACUAAACUUUAAAGAUUGGAGGAAUAUUUGGGGUCACGUGAUGUUCUUCAUGUACUGAAAAAUGUAUCAAAAUAUUAAAAUUUCAUUUAGAUUAGGAAAAGGAUGUAUAUGCUUGGAGCAAUGGUUUUCAGGAAGCAUCCUAAGAAGAGGUUUUCCUGUUCAUGUAUCCAUGGAUUUGUUGACCCCAGCAGAUAUCAGGCAAAUCAGGGCUGAUACUGGAAAAACAGUAUUUGUGAUAUUAAUGAACAUAUUUGGUUCCAAGUUAUUUAUGAUGACCUGGAAUAUAGAUAAUGCUGUAUAAAACUGCACUAAUCAUCUACUUCUGCAUAUCAUAUCUACUUCUGCAUACCAAUUCAUAUCUCUAAUAGGUUAAAGCAGAGUUUUAUGCAUAAUACAGAAAACUCAAAUAUUGCACACUUCAAACUAGCAGAGAAAUGCCAGAACUGGAAAUCUGGAAUCAAAUCUUUCUCAAGACAGAACUUCCAAACCCCAUCUUGUACUUUAUUAUGAGUACGUAAUCAUGAGCACGUAAUGCAGAAGUUGCCAUUUAAUUACUAACUUCAGUUUUACAUAGAUAUGGAACAGUGUCCCCAGAGGAACACAAUCUAAAUCAGAACUCCACAUCCAGACACUGCUGCUAGGAGAAUUCAGAUAUUUUGUAUGUGCAGCUGUACAUAUACAUACAACAUGUUCUCCCACAAAUUUAUGCUCAGACCUGUAGCCAUUUAAUUGCAGGUUUAAUUUUGUUGCUGUGCUAUUGCACUAGUGUUUCCCACUGGAGUAAGGAAAAAUCAAAUUUUGAAACUAAACUGUUUCAUGGAAGAUAUAAUACAUUUCUUAUUCUGCGCUUACACCCUGGCGUCAAGCAACUCUUUGAGUAUCAGAUAACAUAAUUCCGAGCUCUGCUUAAAACCUGAGAAGAGUCUAGUUCUGUAAGUGAUACUUUUGUUUGUCUAAACAACACCAUGGCAAAACAAUGAACAAAUGAAAAACAAUUGUUUACAAUGGCUGAAAGCACAGGGGAGAGCCUGUGGACCAGACUCGGUAUACCCAAUUGCCAGCUGGUACUUUCUACUUAUUUUUCCAUAUGGUACCUUUGUGGUGAGUACAUUUGUCCCAGGAGAUGGAUUUUCCCAUUAAAUUUUGGGGCUGAAGACUGUAUUCCCUAUCUCCCAGAAGCAUGCCCCAGCUACCAGGCUAUGGACAUGAAGAGAUGUCUACUUCCCAUUCUGCCUCUUGAAAUACUGUUGCUGUAGCAAAGAGAGCACGAUUCAGGACUAAAAAGAAAAAGCAAAAGCAGCUGAUAUUGUAGGUUAGUGGUAGGGACAGCCUCCAAGGACAGAAGAGAUUCAUAUUAUGGACCCUGGUCUUGGCUAGUUGCAGCAUAAAAGAAAACCCAGAAACAGACCUGACAUGGACCAACCUCCUUGUUAAGUCUGACCAUUGAGCUUUUCUAAUUUUGACGGGCAACUUCUUGUUAAGGACUCUUAACUUUCAGCCCCACUGACAAGUGUCCUACAAUCAUUACUGCAUUAUUUCAUGGCUACAUGUGCAGUAUGCUAAACUGGCAGCCAGGCACAAAGUCUGGCAUGUAAUAGUAACAACUAGUCUGUUUGUAGGAUGACACUAGCAGGCAACAGCUCUGGUCUGAGCCAACAAGCACUCUCCCAGCCAACUCCUGGAUACUGCCCAGAGACAGGUACAUGUCAGGGUUUGUCCCCAACAGUGGGGAUUGACUAGAUCAUCCUAUAUCUAUGGAGAAGAGCAUUUAGCUGCAAGUACCUGUAGAAUUUCUCUUGUUCUCAGACCCAUGACUAGGUCUAACAUUAUACUUAUAGGUACAGAGCUGGCCUAGGAGAUCAAAAAGGAGAGUUUUAUUCUGAAUAAACAACCAGAUUCUGCUGGGUCUGCUAAAGGCAACUGACUCACAAAGAGCAGAUGAAAAAAAAAAUAUAAAAGAUAACUAUUUCAAAAUGUCCUCUGUGCUGGGAAUCACACAGAAAAGCAGUAAAGCUGUGAACUAUAUAUCCAGGUACAUCUUUACACAAACAGAUGUGUUUCAGGACCAUAUUUUAGGCUUGUAGCUAAGGGUAAAUGAAGAAUUCCCAAUACAAGAAUUGUGGCAGAAGGCAAUUGUUAGAUUUAUUUUGGAAAUAAAAAUCAAUUUACUUAUUUGUAAAAAAAAGUAAUAAGCAAGUAUAACCCUGGUAAUUAUUGAAAUCUGUGAGAGUCCUGAGUUCACAGAGCACCCAAAUUGGAUUAAUCUGCCCCAAAUGUAAUGUUACAAAAAAAAAAAAAAAAUAAAGGAUAUGCAUUUAUGAACAUGUGUUUUUAUUGGGUCUGGCUGGUAUUGUUUUGGAGUUUUUUUCAAUAUUUGUCUUCCCAAGCAACUGCCAUUUGUGCUGAAGCCCUGCUUCUUGGGAAGUGGCCGAACAGUGUUUGCUGAUGGGAAGUAGAGAAUAAAACAACUGGGUUUUAUCUCUUUGUUUGUAAGUGUGCAAACUUUCACUUUUGCUUUAGUAAACUGCCUUAUCACAACCUACAAGUCAUUUUCCAUCUUAUUCUCUCUUCCCUAUCAAGCUGGGAAGAAGGAGUGAUAGAGCAGCUUGGUGGGCACUUGGUGUCCAACCAAGGUCAACCCACCAUAGUCCUUUUUGGUGUCCAACAUGGUGCAUGAACCCAUGACCCUGGAAUUGAGCCAAGGCCAAGCCAAUCAGGAAUAAUAGUAGUGCCUCUGUGAUAACAUAUUUAAGAAGGAAAAAAAGUUAUUGCACAGAAGUAAUUGUGGCCAGAGAAGGAGCGGAGUGAGAAUACGUGAGAGGAACAACUCUGCAGAUAUCAAGGUCAGUGGAGAAGGAGGGGCAGGAGGUGCUCCAGGCACUGGAGCUGAGGUUCCCCUGAAGCCUAUGGUGAAGACCAUGGUGAAGCAGCUGUGCUCCUGCAGCCCAUGGAGGACCACAGGAGUGCAGAAAUCCCUCUGCAGCCCCUGAAGGACACCCAUGCUGAAGCAGGUGGAUGCCUGAAAGAUGGCUGUGAACCUGUGGGAAAUCUGUGCUGGAGUAGGGUCCUGGUGGGGACCUGCAGAGAGAGGAGCCCAUGCUAGAGCAGGUUUCCUGGUAGAACUUGUGAUCUGUGGGGAGCCCCAUGCUGGAGCAGGCUGUGCCAGAAGGACUGCACCCCGUGGAAAAGUGACCCAUGCUGGAGCAGUUUGUGGAGAACUGUUGCCUGUGGGAUGAACUUCUGUUGGAAAAGUUUGUGGAGAACUGUCUCCUGGGGGAGAGAUCCCAUGCUAGAGCAAGGGAACAACUUCUCUCUCUGAGCAGCGGCAGGAAAAAUGUGUAAUGAACUGACUGUUACCGCCAUUCCCUGUCUCUCUGCGCUGCUGGAGGGGAGGAGGUAGAGUUCAGGGAAGUGGGGGCUUGGGGGAAGGUGCUUUUAAGAUUUAUUUUAUUUCUCAUUAUCCUGCUCUGAUUUUGUUAGUAAUAAGUUCAAUUAAUAUCCCCAAGUUGAGUCUGUUUUGCCCAUGAUGAUAUAUGCUGAGUGUUCUCUCCCAAUCCAUAUCUUAACUUAUGAACCCUUUGGUAUAUUUUCUCUCCCCUGUCCACUUGUGCAGAGGAGUGAUAGAGUGGCUUUGGUGGGUACCUGCCAUGCAGCCAGGGUCAACCCACUACAGCGUUCUAUGGUAUAAUUUUGUUUAAUCUUCAGAGGCCGCUCAGAGGACUCUAAAUUUAAUUUUAGACAAACUGGCAAAUUAUCUGACUAAAGAAUACCAAAUAAAGCCUAAAAAGGGCUUGUUAGGAUCAGAGUCACUCCUUGUCUCCAGCUGUUUCGUUCUGCACUGGCAUUAUAAAGAUGUCAUAAACGUAGCUAAACUGGAGAAUUAAGCCAGCUUCACAGCUGUUUUGCUUACUCAUAGCACUGCAGAACAGCUAAGCACACCAAUGAGCAUGAGCCUUCCACUGUAUGACUUUUACUCUAAAAAUUCCCCCAUAAAAACUGCAUCUAGGCCCAGUUUUCCAUAUUCUUUACAUGCUUGGAUUUUUUUCUCUUUCUUGUGUCCUGGCUCUCUUCCAGGACACUUUGCGAAAUGGAGUAGGCGUAGUGAUAUCACUACAUCAUCAGAUAAAAGUGGGAAGAAUGCUAGAGAACUCUAAACACAUCUUUUGAAGCAGAAAAUAUCUCUAGACCAGUUUGAAAAACAUCCUGGAAAAGAUUAUCCUGAUGUCAAUCAUAAGUAUAUUUUUAUUCACUUUAGAAGAUUUU